CGUAGGUGAGGGCGACGGCGUGGAUCCCUGCUCAGCGCACAUCCUCUGCCUGGGCACUGCUUCUGGGGAGCAGCGGCUAUUAGGGAGUUGGGAAGACAGGGCCCCAGCUACGAUUCUCCCAACGGUAACCAUCUGUCCCUAGUCGCCCUCCCCCUGGACUUGGAAAUGCUUUACAUGAUCGGUUUGGGCCUGGGAGAUGCCAAGGACAUCACAGUCAAGGGCCUGGAAGUUGUAAGACGCUGCAGUCGAGUGUAUCUGGAAGCCUAUACCUCAAUCCUGACUGUAGGGAAGGAAGUGCUGGAAGAGUUUUAUGGAAGAAAAUUGAUUCUUGCCGAUAGAGAAGAAGUGGAACAGGAAGCAGAUAAUAUUUUAAAGGAUGCUGAUAUCGGCGAUGUUGCAUUCCUUGUAGUUGGUGAUCCAUUUGGGGCUACAACACACAGUGAUCUUAUUCUGAGAGCAACGAAACUGGGAAUCCCUUACCGAGUUAUUCACAAUGCUUCCAUAAUGAAUGCUGUGGGCUGCUGUGGUUUACAGUUGUAUAAAUUUGGAGAGACUGUGUCUAUUGUUUUUUGGACAGACACUUGGAGACCAGAAAGCUUCUUUGACAAAGUGAAGAAGAACAGACUAAACGGCAUGCACACGCUCUGCUUGCUGGACAUCAAAGUAAAGGAGCAGUCUUUGGAAAAUCUAAUCAAGGGAAGGAAGAUCUACGAACCGCCUCGGUAUAUGAGUGUGAACCAAGCAGCACAGCAGCUUCUGGAGAUCGUUCAGAACCAGCGAAUGAGAGGAGAAGAGCCAGCAGUCACCGAGGAGACACUCUGUGUCGGCUUAGCCAGAGUUGGAGCUGAGGACCAGAAAAUUGCAGCAGGCACUUUGCAGCAGAUGUGUACAGUGGACCUGGGAGGACCAUUACAUUCCUUGAUCAUCACAGGAGGCAGCUUGCAUCCACUGGAGAUGGAGAUGCUACGUCUGUUUUCCAUACCAGAAGAUAGCUCAGAAUCCCAAAGCACCGAUGCACUCUGAACUAGACAUUUUCCACAGUUAGAUGUUAAUUUCAGUCAUAUAUGCGUAUACACAUAUUUGUACAACAACUCAAACAGGUCUUUUGGUUUACCUAAUAAGUAUAAAACAACUGACCAAGAAGAAAAAUGUUGACUCAACAGUGCUUGGUUUCCUGUGGCAAUGAGUUUUUUCCCUAUGAUAUCACCAGCUGUUGCUGUUAUUUUGGCAGUGUUUCAAGGAGCAGACCAAGUUGGAAAACUUGGAGAUAGACAUCCUAGACAGAAUCAUUUAGAAGCAGUUUUUGUUUAUGAAACCAGUUUAUAUGAGGUGGAACUUUCUUAAAAAGACAGAUGCCUUGACUACAAGGUAAGUUUUCUUGACAGCGUUUGGUGUUAUUGCAUAUAAAGAGAGGUAGGAGGAAUAAGCCCACACCCAGCAGUCCUGCUUACUUAAAGCUCAGCUGAGUACAUACUACAAAAUGACAUCCUUUUGAAUUAGCUUGUCUUGUUAAACUGACAUCCUAAUUAUGUGCCUCAUGUUCUGCUGUAUUUCGGAGGUUUGUAAAUGUUCAGCCAGCAUGUACAGUUGCUCUUUGGUUUUAAUUAGCAUCUUUCUCAUCCAAGCUGACAGAUGGAAAAGUUGCUGACUACAAAAUAAAACUUAAGUUUGAAGACAACAAUGGAUUAGUUAGAUUUUGUCAUAGCACUUAACAGUUAACAUGCCUCUGUGUGUGUGCCAGUAGCCACAUUCCUCUUUCUAGUUGUAAAUCACACUCCAUUUCUUAUAUUUCAUGACAGUUUAAAGUUUUGUACUUUUUAUCAGUUUGUGUAAGAAAUAGCUUUGCUACAUGUUAGUUUAAUUGGUCUAACUCUGAGUAAAAUCAACCCUUGAAAACACAUUUGAACUGUGCAGGUCCACUUAUGUAUAGAUUUUUUUUUUUCACGAAGUAUAUACUCCAGUACUCCACAGCCUGUGGUUGGUGGAAUCCAUGGAUGCAGAACUGCAGAUGUUUUCAACUGCAUGGAGGGUCAGUCCCCCUGACCCCCCCAUGGUGUUAAAAGUCCAUCAACUGUGCUUCCGUGGUCCAAUCAACUUAUCUGACCUUUUUGUUCUGUAAAUUUGUUGCAGGUUGAGCAAAUAUUCAUCUGCUCUCUGGGAGCAUCACUUAAGAUUAUUUUGAGUUAUUUCAUUUCAUCUGAGAUAAAAGAGAUUUUUAAUAUAUGUGAAAUAUUCUCCUUUCAAUCUGUUGAACGCAGGGACAGAGGCAAACAUUGAAGAAUUAUGAAAUGAAAGCCUUUUAGUUUUGGUAGUGGUGAAAUAGCUUGUAAUGUAUAAGCCCUCCCAAUUAUAAACUCUGGAAAAAUAUAAUAAAGAACUGUCUGAAGGCAUUGGCAGAAUGACCAUCGGCAGCCUGAGAACUGUGCUUAACAUGACUCUUUCCCCAGGGCGUUCAUCAGUCUGUCUGGUGAGACGGUGGCUAGAACUCAAGAGAAAGUUGCAGUCCUGAUGACUUGAGGUGCUGGAGGAAUUGGCUGCUAGAGGAGCUAUAAAUUGAAGGAGGAAACCCUAGACGUGAAGGUAGCACUGAGGGAGGAGCCUUUCAAUCUGUGUAUAAUUUACUCGUAACUCUGCCUGACUCCUGCAUUGUGCGUGUGCAGGGAAGACUCCAGUGAACCUGGCAGGAAGCCAGAGCUCGAAGGCUGAAAAGGCUGGGCAGAGAUUGUGGCUCUCUGUUGCAAGAGAAAACAGAGUUUGAAUCACAAGUUAGAAGGCUUGAUAAGUGCCUUAGGCUUUCCAUCAAAUCCCUAGAGUGGUUGUGUAUUAGCAGUAAAGGCUAUGCCCAGGACCAAGGAUUUGUGCUAAAACUAAAGACCAGAUCUUUAACAUAAUGUAAAAUCAAGCCUCCAUAAAAUCAAAGUGACUGUCCAAUGAUUUACCUGCCUGCUAGGACAAAGCUUAUCUCUUCAAGUGCGUGAUAACAAAAUGAAGCAAAUCUCAACAAUGCCUAGAAUAUUAUAAAAUAUUAUGAGAUAUGCAGUGAAGUAGGAAAAUAUGACUUAACAGUCAAAAGGAGAAAAGCACACAGUGAAAAGAGAUGCUGACAUAAUCCAAAUACUGGAAUUAGCAGACAAACUGUGUUUGAGGGUAAAAAGGAGAAGUGGUUGUAAUGAACUGAUAUAAAUGGGUCUCUCAACAGAGGAUUGGGAACAAACAAAAACCCAAACAGUCAGACUUAACAACAGAAUAUGGAUGACAAAUGAAUAGAAAUUAUCCUGUCUGAGGAAUAGAGAAAAAAAGAUUGAAGGGAAGAAAAAAAAGCACAGAAAUUCAAUGCCAUGUGGGGCAAUAUCAAGCAGUUCAACGUAUAUAUAAUUGUAUCUUCAGAAGAACAGAAGAACGUAGGGCAGAAAAAAUAAGAGUAAGUAAAGGCCAAAAUAUUCCCAAGUUUAGUGAUACUUUGAAUGUACAGAUUCAAUAUGUUCAGUGAACUCCACACAGAAUAAUUACAGAGAAAACCACACCUGACAUAUAUAUAUGUAUAUAUAUGUAUAUAUGUCAUAGUUAAAACUGAUGAAAACCAAAGGUUGGAGAAAAUCUUAAAAGCCACCAUGAGGGGUAUUGGGGAACCCACAACAUACAGGGCAGCAGUACAAAUGGACUCUUUCUCAUCAGAAACAGUGGGGGUCAUGAGGCAGUAGAAAGACAAAAAUCUUUACAGGAAUUCAAAAGCAAAACAAAACCAUCAAUCCAGUGUUGCAUAUCCAGUAAAGAUAUCCUUUGAAAAUGAGGACAAAAUAAUCUCCAUAACAAGACAGUUUGCUGCUAACAGACGUGCACUCACUGCAAGGAAAGGUGAGGAAGGGCUGAAGUAAAUGCCAUCAGGGAGAAGGAAGGAAAUGAGAGAGAUGCAAGUAUAAAUGACUCUCGGGUUUCCUUGGCUUCAUGUGUUUAAAAGACGUCUGAAAAUUUAAUAUGGUGUUGUGACAUGUAUUUAACUAAAAUAUAUGCCAACAAUAACAAGUUGGAUUCAAGGGAAUUAAACAGUUUCAGGAUUCUUAUGUCAUUUGAAGUAGGAGAAUACUAACAAUAAGUAGACUGAUAAAUUAAGGAUGUGUACUUUAAUACCUUGUCAACCACUAUUUAAAAAAAAAAAAAAAACACAUGCAGAAUGAAAAAAGAUAAAAAAAGUAGAGUUCCCUUUGUGGCUCAGCGGUUAACGAACCCGACUAGUAUCCAUGAGGAUGUAGGUUCAGUCCCUGGCCUCACAGGUUAAGGAUCCAGAGUUGCUGUGAGCUGUGGUGUAGGUUGCAGGCAUGGCUCGGAUCCCACAUUGCUGUGGCUCUGGCGUAGGCCAGCAGCUGCAGCUCUGCUUCGACCCCUAGCCUGGGAACCUCCAUAUCCCUCGGGUGCAGCCCCCCCCCAAAAAAAAAAUAAAAAAAGAUAGAGGAAUUGGAAUUGCUGAGAAAUAUAUGAUUAACCAAAAGAGGGCAGGAAGGAAAUAAAUCUCAAGAAACAGGCCAAACAAAACAAAUAGAAUGGUAGAUUUAAAUUCAAUCAAAUCAAUAAUUGCUUAAAUGUACAUUAAGCAGUCCAAUUAAAAGGACUAGAUUUUUUUAAAAGCCUAACUAUAUGUUGUAUACAAGAGUUAGACUUUAAAUAUAAAGACAGAGUGAAAGUAAUUCUUUUGAGUGGAGACAAAACAGACCAAACAAACAGCAUAAGCAAACAAGUGGCUAUGUUAACAUAAGACAAAAAAAAGACUUUGAAAGGAGUAUGCUGGAGAUAAAGAGGGGCUUUUCAUUAAGAAGAAAGGGGCAGUUCAUUCAGAAGACGUAUCCUAAAUGUGUGUGCUUUAAAUGAAUACCAGCUUGAAAAUAUUAUGAAGCAAAAAUGGACAGAACUGGAGAUGUAGACAAAUCCACCAAGUUGGAGAUUUUAACCAUCUUCUCUCAGCAACGGAAAGAAAAAAGCAUCAGUAAAAAUAUUGAUUUGGACACCACCAACCGCUUGGGUCAAUUGAUAUUGAUAGAUCACUACAGCCAACAGUGGUGGAAUAAACAUUAUUUUCAAGCACAUAUGAAAAAUUCACCAAAGUAGACUAUAUGCUUGGCUGUUGAUGACAAUGGAAUUAAGUUAAAAAUUGCUGACAAAAAAAGAUGUCUAGAAAAAUCCCCUAUAUCUGGAAAUAAAAUAAUACAUUUUUGUUUUGUUUUUUGUCUUUUUAGGGCCUCACCCACAGCAUAAGGAGGUUCCCAGGCUAGGGGUUGAAUCAGAACUACAGCUGCCUGCCUACACCACAGCCACAGCAACACAGGAUCUGAGCCACAUCUGCAAGCUGCACCACAGCUCAAGGCAAUGUGGGAUCCUUAACCCACUGAGGGAGGCCAGGGAUCGAACCUUCGUCCUCAUGGAUACUGCAUCCUUGGGUUCAUUACCACUGAACUCUGCACAUUUAUUUCUAAUUGAAUAAAAAAAAACACAAAAUGUGAAGAAUUUUAAGAUGCACAUUUAUUUUUAAUUGAAUAAAAACAACACAAAAUGUGAAGAAUUUUAAGAUGCACAUGUAGCAGUGCUUUGAAAUUUACAGCUUUAGAAUAGAAAAGAUUUUAAAAUCAACAAUCUGUUUUCAUCUUAGAAAACUAGAAAUAGAAGAGCAUAUAAAAUACUAAGCAUAAAACUGCCCAUGAGCUAGCAAAACCAGUCCUAGGUAUUGACUCAAAAGAAAUGAAGACAUACUGCCAAAAAAAAAAAAAAA